GCCGAAUGCGUCUCUCCUUCCAACUACCAAACGCGGUCUUGGAAUGAAAUUUAGAAUUCCGCGUAACCAAGCGAUUCACAUGUGAAUGUUGAAUGUUGUUGAUCAAUUCGUUAUGUGAAGGUGGACAGCUCAUUUUUUUGAAAGGUUUCUAGUACAUUUUUGCUGCAAUUCCGGAUAUUGAUUGAUUCGCGUGUGUCAACAACCUUCUAGCCUUCAUAGCGUGUUCUAUCGAAAUGUCUAGACGUGGGAGACGUUCUGAAAUUACGUUACCGAACAAGCGAAACGCGAAUGGUUCAAAUGAAUCAAACUCUUUGUCAGAGAGCCGUAGAUUUUCUGGUUACGGAGACUAUUUUGCUCGAAAGAAGUUAAAGCUACAGGAGCAGCAUGCGGCACGGUGGGCCGAAACAAAUGCUGAGGCACGUUCGCAACUGUUUUCGGGACUGCGAUUCGGCAUCAAUGGGUACACAAACCCUCCGUACGAUGAACUGAAAGACAUGUUAAUUACUCACGGAGGAACCUUCGUUCAGUUUGUGGAAAAUAAGUCUUCCAUAGACUAUCUAAUUUGUACCUAUCUGACACCGUCAAAACGUAUAGCAUGGAAAAAUUACAAAGUCGUAAAACCUUCGUGGGUUGUCCAGAGCAUUGAACAACAACGAAUCUUACCUUGGACAGAUUUCCGUACCGUCGGGCUAUCUAGUUUUCAAACCACCUUACAGAAAUAUCUUCCAAAAGCAGCUUCAAGUACAAAUGGUGCUGUUGAUGAAACUAGUGACGAACGCAUCGACCGGGAAGAACGGGAAGAACGGGAAGAACAGAAUGAGAAUGUGAUAUCCUCGACGCCUACAACACCCACAUCUCCGAAACCCAAUACAAAUCCUGUACCGCCUAAAGAACAGCAUAUCACACCUCGUUCAGACACUUCCCCCCAGUAUCCUUCCGUCCCAAGUACUCCGACAGUGUUAAAUGAUCCGGUCGUGGAGCCUCCAACGCGGCUCCGUCACAUUGCCAAGCAUGAGUUAGAUGGAUUAUCAGAUGCAUCAUUGUAUAAUUACCGUCUUCUUCAAAACCCCAAUGUUUAUAAAUCCACCGCCAUUAACCCACAAUUUCUUUCAAAUUAUUUUUCCAGUUCUCGUUUGCAUCAUAUCAGCAUGUGGAAAAUGAAGUUCCGCCAAGAAGUGCAAGAUCUUUUACGCUCUAAACAAAAGGAGAACGGUCAUCAGAAGCGGAAAGUUUCGAAGUUUAGUACUCGUUACCUCUUUCAUGUUGAUUUUGAUUGUUUUUUUGCGUCUGUGCUUACACGAGAUCGACCAGAAUUGCAAGGUCGGCCUGUUGCUGUUGCACACGGAACAAAAAAUUCGGAAAUCGCCAGCUGCAAUUAUGCGGCUCGUGAUUUUGGAGUAAAAAAUGGGAUGUUUGUUAAUACUGCAAGAAGCAAAUGUCCCGAACUCGAACUUGUAGAUUACGAUUUCGACGCCUUUGAGUCUGUCGCCAGAACAUUUUAUCAAAUACUUUCGCACAUUCAACACACGGCUAUCAAGGUUGUUAGCGUUGAUGAGGCGGUAUUAGACAUGACAGACAUAUUUACAAAUGACGAUGAGGCAAUCAAGACCGCGGAGUCCAUCCAAACUUCCGUCCUUGAACAGACUCGCUGUACCGUUAGUGUCGGUAUUGGCCCAAACUUACUUUUGGCUCGAUUAGCACUACGCAAAGCAAAACCUCGUGGGAUUUACUUGCUUAAUGAAGCAGUAGCCGGCGAUUACCUCAAGACAUUAACUGUUCGUGAAUUGCCGGGCGUUGGUUGGGCCCAAGAACAAAAGCUGCUUUUGCGUUACAAAGUGAAAACUGUGAGUGACUUGCGAAGUAUUUCUAGAGAAAGCCUUAUGAAGGAUUUUGGUGCAAGUUUUGGAGCCCAUUUGUAUAGUAUUGCACGUGGCCAUGAUGAAACCCUACUAAAGGAGGAUAUGAUACGGUCUUCAAUUUCCGUUGAUGUUAAUUGGGGAGUACGAUUCAUUUUUAAACAGGACGUCGUGGAUUUUUUGGGUCGUUUAUGCGAAGAACUGGUAUCUCGCAUGCGUGAUUGCCAUUCACGCCUACAGCAACUCCAACUGCGUGUAUUAAAGCGUGCUAAACACGCUUCAUUUGAAACUUUGAAAUACUUAGGAUGCGGAGAAGUCGAUACUCUCACCAAGUCUGCUUUCUUUAAUGAACCAACAGACGAUACGGCUUUGCUCACAAAAAAGUGUGUGGUUUUAUUUCAUGCUUGUUCAAUUGAUGCCGGUGAAAUCCGUGGAAUCGGAUUGCAGGCCCUAAAGCUAAGUGAUAGCGGCACAAGCAGCAAGCAAAGUCUACUAAAGCUACCAUUGCUGAAUAAGCGGCUCGUUAAAGACACACCUAUUCCAAGCACUUUACAGGUUGCGAAUACACCCCUUCCAACGAAAACUGUUUCCAAACUUGUUACACCGAUUAAAAAAGGACCACCCGAUUCUCCCUUCCGUAUCCCAAGUACCCCCAUAGAGCUUCCAUCGCCUUCACAGCUGGACUUGGAGGUGCUGAAAGAGCUUCCGACACCUUUACGCGAUGAAAUUCAACGACAAGCACAAGCACAAAAGCGUUCCAUUUACGACAUACCUACCCAAUUAGACUCAGGCUUCCUACAAAACAUCCCCACUCCCAUCCGCAAUGAAGUUCUUGAAGAGCACAAACGCCUUCACCCCCCAGUGCUUCAGCUAAAAAGUCAUAAAACGCCUCCUGCUGCGAAAAAUGUGAAACAACCUUUAGGAGCUACUUCAAAUGCGUUUGAAUUAAUGAGAAGACCGGCAAAGCGCAAGCAACCGCUGUAUGAAGAAGUGGACCCCUCCGUCUUUCAAGAGCUGCCUACGCCUAUACGAAAAGAGAUCAAGCGCGACCGCAAUAUGCAAUUUAGGUUGCCAAAAACGGAUACCGUUGCCGUACCCCAGCAUCCCGUGCUAUCAUUUCAAGGUGCUCAAACAAUGACAGAGCUGCGGAGGCUAGUCUGCCAUUGGUAUAAACACUGCAUCCGUGGCCCGCACCAGCAAGAUGUGGAUUACUUUAUUAAGUAUGUUUGCAAACUAAUUACAGUGGAAAAGAAUUUGGCGAAAGCUCAUAUGAUACUCCACUGGUUUCGGCACAUUGUCCAACCAAGUCAACGAUGGAGCAAAGCACUGGAGAAGGUAAUUCUCGCCGUGCAAACUGAGUGUCUUGCUCGUGGCGUGCCGCCGUUGAUGGAUAGCUAGAAGUGGAGCGGCAUUUACACAUCAGCCUUAUUGUAAUCCUUAACAUUCUCUGUGCCGGUAAACUGUCAGUACCGAGUCAUAUGCGCCUGCCUCGACGCACUUGGCGCGGAGUCUUGUUUUCAUUGCCUUCCCGUUCUAAAAGCUCAUGACGUUUUAUUUCUCGUCUCGAGAGGUGGAGAACUUAGUUGCUAAUUUCGUUGAUCAUUUGCCAUUUCUUCAUUGUUUCCUUGAAAAGGUAUACCUUAUUGUUACCACAGGAAAUGGCAAGGAUGUUGCCAGACAAAGACCAGGACGCACGCCAAGCGACAUCCUCGAAUCCCUUUUUCGUCAAAGGGACCUUCUGCCAGGCACCGUCAGCGCCCUCCUUGGUCCAAAUGAUAGCGGUUUUGUCUUGAGAGACGGAAGCCAAGUAAGUCUUUGCCAAACCAACGCUAGGAGCCCAAGCGACAUCACGGGCCCAGUCGGUAUGGCCGGCAAGUGUGUCUUCGAGAAUCCAGUUAUUUACGUCAGCGUCGAACGUCCAAAUUUUGACAAGGUUAUCGCAGCCAGCGGAAGCCAGUUUUUUAGGACCAGCGGCGGGUGAUUGACUAAUAAUAGAGCCGUACACACUCGAAGGUGACCAGCACACAGCAUUUACUCCGGCUUCGUGAGCGACAAACACACGUGUAUCACAAGAUCCGUCCUCCUUGAAUUCGAGAACAGAAACCUUGCCGUCAGAGCUAGCACAAGCCAGAAGAGCUCCGUACUCAUGGGGAGCCCAUGAAACAGAAUUUACGGAAGCCUGGUGAAGGGCAUGGUCGUACAAUUGCUUCCAAGUACCAUCUUGUUCCCGCCAAACAAUGACAUGUCCGUCGUAGGAAGCUGAAGCUAAAAUCGUGCCGAAUUUUGGAUGAGCCCAGUCCAAUUGCCAGACGGGACCGGUGUGUCCUUUUAACGUUUCCUGCAGGCGGUGUUGAUUUCCGUCAACGGAAAAAACUUUAAUCGUGUGGUCGGAGGAGCAGGUCGCUAGGCGUUUGCCGUAGUAAUCCAACACUGCGUCGUGCUAAUUGUCAGUAAACAACAUCCUGCUACUGCUACGUACAAUCAUAUCAUCAUGUUGGGUGUCUAAGCUAGUCAUGGUGAUUCUGCA